AUGGAGGGGGGGCCCGCAGUCUGCUGCCAGGAUCCUCGGGCAGAGCUGGUGGAGCGAGUGGCAGCCAUUGAUGUGGCCCGCUUGGAGGAGGCGGACGGUGGCCCCGGGCCUGCCAGGAACGGUGUGGAGCCCCCACCACGGCCUAGAGCGGCCUCCGUGAUCCCGGGCAGCACCUCAGGACUCCCCCUGCCCCGACCCAGCCUCUCCACCAGGAAGCUGUCCCUGCAGGAGCGGCCGGCGGGAAGCUGCCUGGAGGCCCAGGCUGGGCCUUACACCACGGGGCCUGCCAGCCACAUCUCCCCGCGGGCCUGGCGGAGGCCCACCAUCGAGUCCCACCACGUGGCCAUCUCGGAUGCAGAGGACUGUGUACAGUUGAACCAGUACAAGCUGCAGAGUGAGAUUGGCAAGGGAGCCUACGGCGUGGUGAGGCUGGCCUAUAACGAAAGUGAAGACAGGCACUAUGCCAUGAAAGUUCUUUCCAAAAAGAAGUUACUGAAGCAGUAUGGCUUUCCACGUCGCCCUCCCCCGAGAGGGUCUCAGGCUGUCCAGGGAGGACCAGCCAAGCAGCUGCUACCCCUGGAGCGGGUGUACCAGGAGAUCGCCAUCCUGAAGAAGCUGGACCACGUGAAUGUGGUGAAGCUGAUUGAGGUCCUGGAUGACCCAGCGGAGGACAAUCUCUAUUUGGUGUUUGACCUCCUGAGAAAGGGGCCCGUCAUGGAGGUGCCCUGCGACAAGCCCUUCCCGGAGGAACAAGCUCGCCUCUACCUGCGGGACAUCAUCCUGGGCCUGGAGUACUUGCACUGCCAGAAGAUCGUGCACAGGGACAUCAAGCCAUCCAACCUGCUCCUGGGGGACGACGGGCACGUGAAGAUCGCCGACUUCGGCGUCAGCAACCAGUUCGAGGGGAACGACGCCCAGCUGUCCAGCACGGCUGGCACCCCGGCGUUCAUGGCCCCCGAGGCCAUCUCCGAUACCGGCCAGAGCUUCAGUGGCAAGGCCUUGGACGUGUGGGCCACGGGGGUCACGCUGUACUGCUUUGUCUACGGGAAGUGCCCGUUCAUCGAUGACUACAUCCUGGCCCUGCACAGGAAGAUCAAGGAGGAGGACGUGGUGUUUCCCGAGGAGCCAAAGGUCAGCGAGGAGCUCAAGGACCUGAUCCUGAAGAUGCUAGACAAGAAUCCCGAAAGGAGAAUCGGGGUGCCGGACAUCAAGCUGCACCCGUGGGUGACCAAGAAUGGGGAGGAGCCCCUCCCUUCAGAGGAGGAGCACUGCAGCGUGGUGGAGGUGACCGAGGAGGAGGUGAAGAACUCAGUCAAGCUCAUCCCCAGCUGGACCACAGUGAUCCUGGUUAAGUCCAUGCUGAGAAAGCGUUCCUUUGGGAACCCGUUUGAGCCCCAAGCACGAAAGGAAGAGCGAUCCACGUCUGCUCCAGGGAACGUACUGUUGAAAAACGGGUGUGGCGAAGGCAUCAAGAGCCCGGAGCUCCCUGGCGUCCAAGAAGACGAGACUGCGUCCUGA